GAGGGGGGCAAAUCUCAGUGGUGGGCAGCCUGGCACGCACACACUCGCCCUCAUACCCCAACAAAAGCAGAUGCACUUUGACUUCUGACAGCUCUACCUCAAGCCCGAGAGAACUCCGCGGCGCUUUCCCCGCAGCCCGAGCGCGCCCAGUCGUCGUCGUCUUCUCCGUCUCCGCUUUAUUUACCCACUUCCGUUCCCGCCGCUGUUCUCCGUGACCUUCACUCCUCCGCGGGCUCAGGGCAGAAGGGUCUGCAGGAGGCUCCUCUUCCUCGCCCGGGGAGGCUGAGGCGGCGCUGCUCCGCACCGGGGUCCUGGGACUCCCCGGCUUCACACUCCGCCUGGGCGCCCCCCGCCCCCAGCAGUCUCGCGUCCCCCCUUUUGAUUUCCCGGUGCGGGUUUUGGCUUGCCCAGCCGUGCGCGUCUCCUCCGUCUGGAGGGCUGGGGAGCCCGUGCCGGUGGUCUUCAGGAGUCAUUCCCUCGGCUCUACUUUGCCCCCCUCUCUCUCCGGGCCUCACCAGACCAAACCAAAGACCAUGGUUCACUGUGCCGGCUGCAAAAGGCCCAUCCUGGACCGCUUUCUCUUGAACGUGCUGGACAGGGCCUGGCACGUCAAGUGCGUCCAGUGCUGUGAAUGUAAAUGCAACCUGACCGAGAAGUGCUUCUCCCGGGAAGGCAAGCUCUACUGCAAGAACGACUUCUUCCGGUGUUUCGGUACCAAAUGCGCUGGCUGCGCGCAGGGCAUCUCCCCCAGCGACCUGGUGCGGAGAGCGCGGAGCAAAGUGUUCCACCUGAACUGCUUCACCUGCAUGAUGUGUAACAAGCAGCUCUCCACCGGUGAGGAGCUCUACAUCAUCGAUGAGAAUAAGUUCGUCUGCAAAGAGGAUUACUUAAGUAACAGCAGCGUUGCCAAAGAGAACAGCCUCCACUCGGCCACCACGGGCAGCGAUCCCAGUUUGUCUCCGGAUUCCCAAGACCCGUCGCAGGACGACGCCAAGGACUCGGAGAGCGCCAACGUGUCGGACAAGGAAGGGGGCAGCAACGAGAAUGACGACCAGAACCUGGGCGCCAAGCGUCGGGGACCGCGCACCACCAUCAAAGCCAAGCAGCUGGAGACGCUGAAGGCCGCCUUCGCUGCCACGCCGAAGCCCACGCGCCACAUCCGCGAGCAGCUAGCGCAGGAGACUGGCCUCAACAUGCGCGUCAUUCAGGUCUGGUUCCAGAACCGGCGCUCCAAGGAGCGGAGGAUGAAGCAGCUGAGCGCGCUGGGCGCCAGGCGCCAUGCCUUCUUCCGCAGUCCGCGCCGGAUGCGGCCGCUUGUGGACCGCCUGGAGCCGGGCGAGCUCAUCCCCAACGGCCCCUUCUCCUUCUACGGAGAUUACCAGAGCGAGUACUAUGGUCCCGGGGGCAACUACGACUUCUUCCCGCAAGGCCCCCCGUCCUCGCAGGCCCAGACGCCCGUGGACCUCCCCUUCGUGCCGUCGUCUGGGCCGUCCGGGACGCCUCUGGGUGGCCUGGAGCACCCGCUGCCGGGCCACCACCCGUCAAGCGAGGCACAGCGGUUCACCGACAUCCUGGCGCAUCCCCCGGGGGACUCGCCCAGCCCCGAGCCCAGCCUACCCGGGUCUCUGCACUCCAUGUCGGCUGAGGUCUUCGGACCCAGCCCGCCCUUUUCGUCGCUGUCGGUCAACGGCGGGGCGAGCUACGGGAACCACCUGUCUCACCCUCCCGAAAUGAACGAGGCGGCCGUGUGGUAGCGGGGUCUCGCACGGUCCGCGGAGUUCGUGGUUGUACAGAAAUGAACUUUUAUUUAAGAAAAAUAGAAAAAAGAAAAAAAACAUAAGCAAGUCCCCCUUUCCUCUGGUCUCGAGAACCAUUUCUCCGUCUGGGGAAACCGGAUGGGAACGGGGAACACGAAAUAGGCUCCAAGUCCUCCUGGAGGUGGGACUGGGAUCCGCGCACUGGCUGGCAAGGUGCAGAACUUGGGUUCCCCAAGGGAAAUGCAGACCUCUCCUACCUCCCACUGGGACCCGGAUCCGCGGACUGACCCCGCGGGCGCGUGCGCCUGGCAGGCGAGUGGCGACAAGAUCUCCGCGGCGGCCGCAGGCGCGCACAGCCAUUGGAGAUGCCAGGAGCCGUGGGGAGGG